GAUAUUGACGAUUUCAAUUUGUGUAAAAUUGAAUGUCAUUAAUAAUAAUGAUAAUUAUCCGACCAAGCAUGAAUUGCAAGCUAACUAUUCUGCAGUUUUAACCGGUGUCUUAUUGUAUUUUAUGUUUUCGGGCUCGCUUCUCAUGGGCAUAAUUAAGGAACGUCAUACACUCUUUCUACCCUGGCUUAAAUACUCUGGCAUUCUUUUGGCACUUGGCACUGUUUUACUGCUCUACUCUUGUAUAUUACAAAUAGUUGUAUAUCCCAAACAUUUUUAUAAGCAAUUGGCAAGCUUGUGCUUGUACAUUGUUAUACUCUCUUUUGGAACGUACAUUAAAUGUGUCAUUCACUCAUUGUACAAAGAGGUGAAGAAAUCUAGCAAUCAGAAUGUCCCAUUGAACCCAGUUACGGUUGAAGCACCAAUAUCCAAUCCGGAGACUAGACAACACGGAGACUACCAGCAAUUUUAACUAUGUUAGAAUGUA